AUGGAUAUUAUAUCUCUUGUGGUGCAAAACUUCUGUCCUACCGCCGAAGUAUCUUGUCUUAAUCCUACCCAAGAAUUUGACUUCUCGCAUCGAGUAUGCGGUGGUUGGAUUGAGAUCCUUCCCCAGCUCGCCAGGACUCCUGCAGCAGACGAAUAUCUGGCUCCUUCGGUCAAAGCACUGGCAGUUUCUAUACUUGCUAGAGGUAAGCAUGGCAUGGCAAAUAUAUCCGAUGCAUUAACGGCCGAAGCUGCUGCUCUGGAAUCACUGAGGCAUGCACUAAAAACGUCUACCCUCACGGCACCAAACCUGCUCAUUGCCAACAUGAUGUGUCUCUUCGUGUCAGAGGCAUUAUUUCCUACUACCCCGAACGGUGCUUUUGUCCAUGCCAAGGGCAUAGACGGGCUCAUGCGUCUCCAAGGCCCCGAGACAUAUGCUUCAGGCGACUCACACCAACUUUUCGUGGGCGCCAGACCAGUUCUUUCGCCGAAAGAGUUUCCUGUCAGACCCCUGUUGGACGACAAUACCCUUUACAUGGCAUCCGCCGUCGCCACUUCAAAGCUUGUUCACGAAAGCCCUGCCUCUGACUUCCAUUCUCGAAAGGAUGGAUGCCUUAAGUAA